AUGGCAGAGCUCGGCAUCGAGAUAGAAGUAAAGUCGGAAGGAAUGGAGAUGUGGAGCGCCCACUUCUCACUAGUCUUCUGGUAUAACAUCGCGUGCCUGGCUGAUAAUACGAGGUCCAGCUAUUGUAGAAGACUUGAUUCUUUACCACCUUCUCCAUUCUUUACACCUAAAUCUUAUUCUUUCCAGCUUUCUCUCAGUUCACCGUAG